AUGAUAUAUGAUAAGAGUAAUGUGAAUUUUCUGAUUGGUGAGAACUUAGAUGAAGAUGAAUAAAAUCAUGAUGAAAUAAUUGAGAGAUACUUGGUUUAGGAUUAAACUCAAAACUUAAAUAGAUUUACAAAGUAUGUUAAUUAUCUAUAUAAACCAAUUAAAUACAUUGUGAUGAAAAAUUAAGAGAAAAUAGUAGUUUAAACUUAAGAAGACAGAUGA